AUGGCGACUGUAACUCACUACAUCUACUCGCACUAUGAUCCGCCUCAGAGAAAAGAGGAUGAAGAGGCUGUUGCUGAUCUCGCUGAGGAGGACGAGGGAGACCCUUGGCUUACGGAAUCCACCUUCGGGGCCAGUCGUCGGGUCAAGAACGCCCUCACAUUCGUGCCUGCGGUCGUUUCCUAUGACGAGGUGAACAACAUGAUGGGCAGCGCUUCCUCCUCUCUUCCUUGCGCGGAGGAACCCAAAGCCUCUUCGCAAGUGAGCAGUUGGUACAAGUCCUUGACCCGCGCAUCCAAUACACCCUCAGGCUCUCUCGCUCCCACAACCCAAUCAUCUCCCAGAUUAUCACCAGGCCCAUCUGCCAGCGCCACCCCUACUCUCCCUGCCCCAACUGUCUCAUCCUCAUCAUCUACCUCCAUCUCUGUGAAGCCUCCCAGGGACAAGAACAAUUGGUUCAUUAGCAAUCCCAUCAGCUCGAAGCCUUCCUCUUCGCGAUCGACCCCUGCCCCCACUCUUGCCGACAUACUCUCCCGGGAGCCGCCGCCUGAGCGUACAGAACAGCCCUUUGUUCCACCAGUCUUCCUCCACAUCGGCCCGUCGAACAAAGGCUUCGCCAUGCUGCAGCGUGGCGGGUGGAGCGAAGGCGAGGCUCUCGGUGCCGGCGCCGCGAGACGCACACCCAGGCAGAAGGCACGGGAGAAGCGGCCGGCCAGGAGCAUCUUGGACGACCGAGAGCUCGCCACCAAGACCGAAGAGCAGGAGAUUGCGGUCGACGACGACGACGAGAUUCGUGAGGUGCGCCGUAUCGAGGUCGUCGAUCUCACCCUCUCCGAGUCAGAGGAAGAGGAGGAAGCUGAGGCGGUGCCCGACGGUCUGCCUCCCGCGAACGCCGGGACAUCGCAUAACCCCACCGCGCUGCUCACACCCAUCGCCACGGUGCUCAAAUCCGAUCGGCUCGGAAUCGGUCUGAAGGCGAAGCAGGUCGGGCCAUUCAAGGAGUCGAAGAAGCGGGUGACCCACAACCAGGCCGCUCUUGUUGCCCACAUCAAGGCUAACGAGGCGGUCCGGAUGCGCAAAGCAGUACUAGGUCGCGGCACCAAGGCAUUCGCUCGCGUUGCGAAAGCCGAAGCGGAGGUCCGUAAGAGACUGCUCUCGGACCUAAAUGCGGACUAG